ACCUAUCAUCUUUGUCCUUGGCCCGCCUGGUGCUCUUGUCCCUCCCUUUUUUAAUUUUCUAAAAGGCAGUGUCCUCUGGCAGUACAUAUUUGCGCCCUCUUGCGAGUAGCGUCUCUUCACAUCCUUCAUACUUUCGUCAUUUGGCUAGUUCAAGUCAUGUUGUCUUCCAUCGUCCUGUCCGCUGGUCUUCUCCUUGCACCCUUCGCUCUUGCCGAAGUCCACAAUGUCAACGUCGGCUCGUCAUCUGGAGCCUUGAUGUUCGACCCUGAGGCCAUUUUCGCUUCCCCUGGCGACCAGGUUGUCUUCACCUUCCAGCAAAAAAACCACAGCGCAGUCCAGUCUUCAUUUGCCGACCCAUGCGGUCCAAAAGAUGGUGGUUUCAACUCUGGAUUCUUCCCGGUUGACGCAAGUACCACGGCCAACUUCCCUACGUACACUAUUACUGUUAACGACACUCAGCCAAUCUGGGUCUAUUGCGCGCAAGCUGCUGGCACCCCGACCAGUCACUGCGGCAAGGGAAUGGUCUUCGCUGUCAACUGCGGUGCUGACGGAUCUCCUAACUCGUUCACAAAUUUCAAGAACUCUGCUCUCGCGGUUGGUGCAUCUCUCUCGGGUAACGCGUCAGCGACAUCCUCGUACGCAUACGGUGGUAGUACACCAGCAGCGACUUCUGACGCUUCCAGCCCACCUGCGUCGACGACCGCUGCUGCCGCUGCCGCGACACACACGGUCGUCGUUGGUGGAAGUAGCAGUCUCACUUUCAAUCCCUCAGAGGUCUCUGCCCAGCCUAAUGAUGUCGUUGUGUUCCAAUUCCAGAGCAAGAACCACUCAGUGACCCAGAGCUCAUUCGCUGCACCUUGCGAGAAGCUCGGAGCGUCGACCGGUACUGACGGCUUUGACUCCGGCUUUAUGCCCGUCCAGGCCAAUGCGACCACUUUCCCGACGUACAGCAUUACUGUCAACAACACUCAGCCAGUUUGGGCUUACUGUCGUCAAACUGGCCACUGUGGACAAGGAAUGGUGUUCGCUUUGAACGCGGCUGACAGUAGCACAAAGAACUUCACUGCAUUCAAGGCAGCUGCUAUGGCACAGAAUGGCACUUCAUCCAACAGCACUGGUUCUGGCUCUGACUCGUCGGGCUCAACAGCGAGCGGAGCCUCUCGUACGAUGGGGGCAGCGACCGCUUCCCUCGGACUCGUUGGAGCUGUCUUCCUUCUUCUGCUCUGAUCGUAUUCGUACUAGAGUGCUUCUGCCUUUUGCCGUUACUUUUUUAUCAUAGUUAAUGCCCGACGGACAAUUCUUUUACAUGACAUGGACGCUGACAUAGCUUAUUUACUUUAUACUUGCCUCUUGACGACCUUCGUUGAACGAUGUGUAGCUACUCUUUUUUAUCUUCUUUUCUGGGUACUGGUAGAUUGUCGUAUACCCGACGUGACCUCGAUUGGUCGUUAGUUUGUAGUUUUUCGCCGCAAUAGGAAGCUGUUUUCCU